UCUGACUAAUAACAAAGUGGAAUAAGACCUUGUUUUCAACUGAGCAGUUGAGUUCGGAUCGCGGGGUCGGCCCCUCGCAAAUUCCUACAUGGUUUGCAAGGGUUGGUUAUUUUUCUGUUGCCAAAUCGGUUAAAAUAUGAACUCUGAGAACCAAAUGGAUCAAUUAGAGCAGCAAAUACGAGAAGCCCAACAAAGGUAUUUAAAUGCGCAAGGGCGUCUUCGCGAAGAAAAUCAAACGAUAAUUGAAAACAUGAAAUGUAUCAUUGCGACCAGUCGGAAAAUUCAAGCUCAUCGAGAUAGACUGCGGGAAACGAACGAGGUGUACCGAACUAAGGCUGAAAAACUACAGCUUGCUUAUAAAAACAUCGAAUUACACGGGCAGAUUGUUAUCAUAAGACAAGGGUUAGAGACAGCUGUGGAGUUGACAUCGAGAGCAGAGAGGAGGAUCAAUAAAGUGGCUCACGAAUUGCAGAGCAUGAACGAAGAGAGAUUGAACGAGGCUGGAAUUGAUAACAACAACAAUGCCAAAGAAUUUGAAGAAAUGGAAACUUUUGGCUCAAGAAAGGCUUCUUUAGAGGCCUUAAGAAAUGAAUUUUACGAUUCUCAGCUCAAAGAAUUUCUAAUAUUGAGAAAGAAGGUGGAUGCGAUCAAUACGGAAAUCGAGAUUGUCGAGGAUAAGUUUGCGGUGUUAGAGGCGAGGAAACAAGAGUUACUAGCAGAAAUACACAAGUACAAAACUAAAAAACGCGAUCUCUUGAAAGCAAAAGCAAAUAAGGAAAAUCUCCACAACACAAACUUGAGACUAUUUUUAGUGGAACUUGGGGUAAUAUGAACACAGACUGUAGCCAAAAGAAGUAUGUAAUUAUUUGAUAGGAAUUUGACCGAUAUCAGUUCACGUCCAAUAUGAUCAAAAAUAUCGUCGCUUUGGUGCGCUACAAAAACAUGCCGUAGGCUGAUUCGAAUAUCUCGUGAAAAACAAAGAAUAACAAUUUUAUGUGAUGAACUGACUCGCUGACGAAAGUUUACUGUAACAGCUUUUCAUUUCAAAUUGCUUUUUCUUUCUCGUGUACCUGUCACCAUCUGACGAGUUUGUGAACAGAUUCUGGCUACUAUUCACCAUCACUGAUGGUGAUUCUUUUUUUUUCUCGCUAAGUCCUUACGAAAGUAAAAAGUCAUUACACGUU